AUGCCGAAAAACUGUGUCUUGGAAUUCCACAUUAUCCAGAUUAGUCUCACGGGUAUGAGACCAGGACAAGCACUGCUGGACCACAUCACCGUAUCUCGUGCCACUCUCCAUAUAGACAUGGUCGAGGCAGCGAUUGACGGUCUUCAGAAGCACCACUUCUUCGUCAGGAUUCUCAUCUUCAGCAAUCCGCAGGGCGGUAAUGUUGGACAUCACAUUCAGACGCUUCGAGACGCUCCACAACAAGAACGGUUGGCGAAGCAGUUCUUUAGGCUCUAUGGACCCUCUGGGAAACAUAAUAUCGCGGCUGCUCCAGUCUGCACUGAGCCAGUUUCCAUGGAGCUGGAGAACGCUGCAUGCAAGCUUGGCUGCGAGAUGUAG